AUGUCGGUACAGGUCACAGUUUCCCUCCUCAGCGGCAAAACUGUUUCCAUCGAUGUGGACUCCACUUCCUCCGUCGGAGAACUUCGCAAAGACGCUCAGAGCCAGCUAGGCAUCGGGUCGAGUCGCUUGAUGAGAGCAGGCCCGGAAGAGCUAAGGCAUGCGAUGACCGUGCAGGAAGCAGGUCUAGUCAAUGGGGAUGAGCUGCAGUUGAUUCGGAAACAGCUAGAAAUCUCUAGUCGCCGCGGAAGUGCCGGUUUUGCCCUACUGAAAAGCGACGGCUCCGUGGUUACUUGGGGCGGACGCUUUGGUGCCAGCGACAGCAGUGCGGUUCAGGGGCAGCUGCAGAACGUGCAGAAGGUCCAGGCUUCGUGUGCCUCAUUCGCUGCACUGCUGGACGAUGGAUCCGUGGUGACUUGGGGGAGAGCUGUUGAUGGCGGUGAUAGUAGCCAAGUUCAGCACCAAUUAAAAGGCGUGCGGAAGAUUCAGGCUUUCGAUUGCGCGUUUGCUGCGAUUCGUGAUGACGGAUUCGUCGUCACCUGGGGCGACCCCAGUGUCGGUGGCGAUAGCAGCCAUGUGCAGCAUCAGUUGAAGGAUGUACGGCAGAUCCAGGCUUCGUUACAUGCCUUGGCGGCCUUGUUGGGUGAUGGAUCUGUG